AUGUCCGCGCGCGUCGACGACGAUGCGCUCGCGGUGUGCGUCAGAGCCGCCGAGCGCGGGCGCAUCGCGCGCGUGCGCGACGACCAAACCGUGUUCAAAGAUGAGUGCGCGUUCUCGUUCGACUCUCCGUUGAGCGCGCACGGCGUGUACGUCAACGCGGAGACGCUGUUCGGGUACUCGCGAAAGUAUGUGGCGCUAGACGCCGCGCGCACGGGGUGCGAGGUGUACGUUCGGGUGAAGACGACGCGGACGUUGAAACCGACGAGCGAGGGCGAAGCGAAGGACGAGACGCCGACGACGCUCGGAUUCGGUGUCGACGGUGGAUUCGCGAGUGAGAGCGAUAAAUACGACGUGGAUACGACGUAUGCGUUAGUGAUCGCUCCCGAUUUCGACGAUGUCUCGCGCGCGCUGCCUUUGGAAGGAUUACCGGAGACGCUUCGCGAAGCGUGCGAGAAAAUCGCGCAAAAGCAAGGCUUCCACGACACCGAGGAGACGAAAUCUUGGCAAGAGAUUCGCGAGGUGUCCAGGUACGCGCUGGAGCUCGCGCAGGAGGACAACGGAAAGAAGAUUCCGAGCGAUCCCUCGAAGUGGCGUUGCGAGGAGACCGGAGAGAGUGGAAACUUGUGGGUCAACUUGAGCGACGGUCACAUCGGGAGCGGGCGCAGACAUUUUGAUGGGUCGGGUGGUAACGGGAGCGCGCUGCGGCACUACGAAGCGAUGAAGGCGCAAGGAAAGCACUAUCCGCUGGUGGUGAAGCUCGGUACGAUCAGUGCGAACGGCGCGGAUGUGUAUUCGUACUCCCCAGACGAAGACGACAUGGUGGAGGAUCCGUACUUGGCCGUGCACCUGCGACACUGGGGAAUCAACAUGCUGUCAAUGGAGAAGACGGAAAAGAGCAUGGCUGAGUUGCAAAUUGAGCUCAAUAAAGGUUUUGAGUUUGACAAAAUCACCGAGGCCGGGUCGCAGUUGGAGUCGGCGUACGGGCCGCGACUCGUCGGCUUGAAAAACAUGGGCAACACGUGCUACUUGAACUCGGUCAUGCAGGUGCUUAAGCAAGUGCCUGCGGUGUGCGAUCGGUACUUUGACAAAUAUGAAAUCUUUCAGAGCGCGCCGGAAGAUCCCGUGACUGAUUUCCCGACGCAAAUGUCAAAACUCGUGAAUGCUCUCGUCUCUGAUGAGUACGCGAGUCCAGAGGCUGAGAACGCGGCGGUGGCGGUGUGCCCGCGCAUGUUUAAACAGCUCGUCGGCAAAGGACAUCCAGAGUUUAGUACUGGUCGUCAACAAGACGCGGUAGAGUAUUUCCAGCACUUGUUAGACGUGAUGACUCGCGCUGAACGAGCUGCGAGCUCGCGAGUAUCAGCUGGUCCACCGACUGCGGCGCAGUUUACGUUUGAGAUCGAGGACAAGCUCACGUGCGUGGAAAGUGGGAACGUGCGCUACUCGACGCGAAAGGACAACAUCCUGUCGCUCGGUAUUCCUUUAGACAAGGCAACGAACAAGGCAUCGGUUGCCGCUUUCAAAGAACGCGAGCUCAAGCGCCAGAAAAAGGAGGAGGAGGACGUGGAAGAAAUCGUGCGACCCGAGGUGCCGUUUUCUGCGUGCCUUGAAGUCUUCGGCUCGACUGAGACCGUUGAAGACUUCUACAGCACUGCGCUCAAACGCAAAUCGAUCGCGUCAAAAGUGGCGCGCAUGAAGACGAUGCCCAACUUUCUCGCGGUGCAGCUCAGGCGUUAUUACGUUGGUGACGAUUGGACGCCGAAAAAGCUCGACGUCCUCGUCGACGUCCCGAAGACGAUUUCGCUCGAGCAUCUUCGCGCGCGGGGGCUACAGCCUGGGGAAGUCGAACUUCCCGAAGACCAAGAUGGUGCCGCCAUGGAAACCUCAUCCACGCCAGCGCCAGCGCGCGUUGAACCCGACAUGGCGAUCGUAAGCGCGCUCAUGUCGAUGGGUUUUAGCGAAAACGGAAGCAAGCGCGCCGCGCUCGCGACGAACAACGCGUCUACUGAGGUGUCGAUGGAAUGGGUGUUCGCGCACAUGGAAGACGCGGACUUCAACGAGCCGCUUCCCGAUCCAUCUGAGUUACCAUCUGUGAGUGCUCCAUCCGCGGUGAAUCCAGAAUCGGUCAUGAUGCUCACGUCCAUGGGCUUCGGCGAAGACGCCGCGGAGGCCGCGCUCAAGGCGUGCGCGGGGAAUCUGGAGCGCGCGGCGGACUGGUUGUUUUCGCACGCAGAUGAUCUCCAAUCGGCGAUCGCUCAAGUGAACGGUGCCACAAACGAUGUGGGUACGGACGUCGACAGCACCACGCUGGACGGCGCCGGCGAAUACGAGCUCUUUGGUAUCAUCAGCCACAUGGGCGGGAACACGAACUGCGGGCAUUACGUCGCCCACGUGGAAAUCGACGGCAAGUGGUACAUCUUUAACGAUCGCAAGGUGGCGCUUUCGAGACAGCCGCCUACCGACCUCGGUUACUUGUACGUUUUUAGAAGACGAUGA